AUGAAAGCAGUCGCCUGGCGCCUCAGCCGCGCCCAGCGACCGCCGGUUGAAAGCGUUCUCCACCGUAUCUCUGCGACUUACCAGGUGCGGGGACACCCCAGAAAACGCGCGCGUCUCUCCGCCCCACGUUCUUUCGAAGACUUCGAGGAGGUGCGACACAAGCUCGGGCGUCAGCAACUGCGGUGGGGCACAGGCGCUGUGUUUUGCGUGCUGCAAGAAAAAAAUCAGAGAGGCGAGUCGCCGUUUCUUCGAGCAGGAGCGCAAGCGAGCGAGGCGGACCCAGGCCUUCUCCUGUAUCUCGCUGUCAGUGACGCAAUGCUGUUUCCGCCCCGUGUCGCAUACGAGCUCCUGAGGCUCGCCCACGAAGAAUUCGAGAGUCUCGUGGAACAGAACGGCCUGCGAGAGAAGCCAGAAGAAAGGGAGGCGGAAGGUUCUUCGCGUGUGUUCCCGCGCGCCUCGGCAGGGGCGGGGUUUGGCGAAAGACACGCCGCUGCAAGAAGGAACGGCGAGAGGUGCGCGGAAGAAGAGAGCGGGGACUCAGAGAUCGCGAGAUCACGAGACAGCCGACAAAGAGUUCAGCGCCCCCUGGAGAAUUUCCUGCAUCUUCUGCUGAUUCUGCCGGAGCCGCGGCUGCUUUCCAACUUGAGACGGCAGCUGUCGUCGUCGUCUCUCUCUUCGUCUUCUCUUUCUUCUCUCUCGGCGUCUUCAGUCUCUGUGUCUUCUCCCUCUCGUCGCCGCUCUCCUGCCUCCUCUCAGGCAUCGAUCGAACAGCCAACCCCGCAAGUUCCGUCGUACGGCGAGUGCGCAGAUGUGCCAGGCACUUCUUCAGGUCUGCCUGCUUCCCCGAUACCCACGAAUCAGCAGGACGCUGAGCGACAGCUUCCUUCUGCCCCUUCUUCCUCUCCAUCUUCAUCUUCCUCAUCAUCUUCUUCCUCCGCUGCCUCAGCUUCCGCCUCUUCAUCUUCUUCCUCCGCUGCCUCAGCUUCCGCUUCUUCUUGGCCGUUGACGUCUCCGUUUUCUUCUCUUCCGUUCCGCUUUCUUUGCUGGACCAGUCCGGCGCCCGGUGAGGAUGUGUUUCAGCAGGCGGCUCCAGAAACUUCCUUCUCGCCUGAGAUCCGCCCCGCGCGUGUCUCUCUCGCCUCGGCACCGGGCCCUAGAUCCUUGCCACAGCUCGCCAAUGUGGCCGCACGCGUGCAGUCGCUGAACGUGCUCUUGGAAGACAACCUGCGGCUGCUGUACUCGUCCUCCGCGUCUCUCGAAGUUCUCGAGCAAAAAACGUCUUCUCUGUCUGGGCACACCCGCGUCUUCGCCGCGACGUCCAGGCACGUGCGACGAAUCAUGUGGUUCAAAUCCAAGACCGUGUUCUGCAUAGUCGUCGGCGCAGUCGUCCUCGCCGUCUUCGUCGUAUGGGUGCUCUGA